AUGUCUUUUCGCGACCUCCGCAAUUUCACAGAGAUGAUGAGAGCCUUGGGGUACCCUCGGCACAUUUCUAUGGAGAAUUUCCGCACGCCCAAUUUUGGACUUGUAUCGGAAGUGCUUCUCUGGCUGGUGAAAAGAUAUGAGCCACAGACAGAUAUACCUUCUGAUGUCGAGACCGAACAAGACCGUGUUUUCUUCAUCAAGGCGAUUGCCCAGUUCAUGGCCACCAAAGCACAUAUAAAGCUCAACACUAAGAAGCUUUACCAAGCAGAUGGAUAUGCGGUUAAAGAGCUGCUGAAGGUCACAUCUGUCCUGUACAAUGCCAUGAAGGCCAAAGGAAUGGAGGGCGCAGCAGUGGGAGAGGAGGACAUCAGCAAGUUCAAGUUUGAUCUUGGCUCAAAGAUUGCAGACUUGAAAGUAGCCAGGCAGCUAGCUUCUGAGAUCACUUCCAGAGGGGCGUCUCUAUAUGACCUGCUGGGCAAGGAGGUGGAGCUGAGGGAACUGAGAACAGAAGCGAUCGCCAGACCUCUGGAAAUAAAUGAGACUGACAAAGUGAUGAGAGUAGCAAUAAAAGACAUCCUGGCCCAGGUGCAGAAGACCAAAGACCUGCUCAAUAAUGUGGCCUCUGAUGAAGCGAAUCUGGAAGCCAAAAUUGAAAAGAGAAAACUGGAGCUUGAAAGAAAUCGAAAACGGCUCCAAACUCUACAGAGUGUCAGGCCCGCCUUUAUGGAUGAAUACGAGAAGAUCGAGGAAGAGCUGCAAAAGCAAUAUGACACUUACCUGGAGAAAUUCCGCAACCUGACUUAUCUGGAGCAGCAGCUGGAGGAUCACCACAGGAUGGAGCAGGAGAGGUUUGAGGAAGCAGAGAAUACACUCCGGCUGAUGCAGAGCAAACUGAAGGAAGAAGAAAAGAGACUGCUCAAGAGUGGAAGUAAUGACAACUCAGAUAUUGAUCUCCAGGAAGAUGAUGAAUCCUACAGUGAACUGGAAGAGCAUCGGCUGACUCAGCCACGCAUGGCCAUCGAGGUGCUCAUGCAAGGGAGACCCAGCAAGCGCAUCGUGGGCACCAUGCAGGGUGGAGAUUCAGAUGAUGAGGAUGACUUAGAGGACAGUGAAAUUGGCAUGGAGGAUGAUGAGGAAGAUGACGAUGAGGACGAGAGCAUUGCCCUUUCACCCACAAAGCCUAUUUGCAGGAUCCGCAAACCCGAAGCCCUGGAUGAGAGUGACAAUGACUUCUGA